AUGGCCCCUACGAACGUGACCUUAAACAAGAACGGCAUCCCGCCCUUUGAGUCCCUCCCCCUCGGCAAGGACGACCCCAGAUACUCCGCCUGGGGUCUCUACGGCCGUGACGACGAACUCGGGACCUUGAACAGACUUACCGAUGAGCGCGUCGCGGCGGCAGCCAGGAGCGAAAUCAAGACAGGAGCCCGCGUCUCCCUGAACUGGUCUCUCACAGCCCAGCCCGAACCCUUCUUCGCCCGCCGCUCCUUUCACCUCGAACUCCAGGUCAAAGCCCCUUUCCUCGCCAACGAUGACAUCUGGACCUUCAACUCGCAGUCCUCUUCUCAGUGGGACGGCCUCCGCCACUGUGGCUAUCAGGAAGAGAAGCGCUUCUACAACGGCGUGACCAUGGAGCAGGUCCACGCCGUUGACGAGAAUGGAAAAUUGUCGACUGUCAACGGCAUUCAAGGCCGUGGCGUGCUGGUAGACUACCACUCCUGGCGCCUCUCUCAAAACAUCACAUACGACCCCUUCGCCCACGACUCCAUCCCAGCCUCCGAGCUCAAGGCCUGCCUGGAAGCUCAAGGAACGGAGGUCAGAUUCGGCGAUAUCCUCAUCGUACGCACAGGUUUCAUGGCAUCUCACGCCUCAAAGUCCGCCUCAGACCUUCAGGUCUACCGCGCUGCCGAACCCCAAACCUUCAGUGGCGUGGGUCAGUCGGAAGAGGCCCUGCGCUGGAUCUGGGAGAACUUCUCCGCCGUCGCGGGAGACCAGCCGGCCUUUGAGUGUUGGCCACGCAAGGACCCGCAGUACUGGAUGCACGAGAUCCUUCUUGGCGGCUGGGGCAUGCCGAUCGGUGAGCUGUUUGACCUUGAAGCUUUGGCUGAGCAGUGCAAGCAGGAGAAGAGAUGGAGCUUUUUCGUGUCCAGCGAGCCCUGCCAUGUGCCGGGAGGUGUUGCCAGGUGA